AUGGAGGAGGAAAGAGAAGGAGAUAUUAGAGUCCCUCUCAUCUCCGCUCUAUUCUGCCUGUUUGUAAUAUCCGGUGGAGUCUUCCUUGUUGUCUACGUCUACGUUCCCAACCUUUCUGAGCCAUGGUUUCCCAUGGCUGCAUUCUUAUUAAUAGGCUCGCCAUGGAUUUUCUGGUUUCUAACCUACAUCUACACCUGUAUCAAAGCUUGUUUCCGCCGCACCCCCGUCGACGACCGCCAGAUUUCCCGGCGUGGCAGCCUUGCAACACCACCACCACCAAAGACCGCCAACACGGCGGUACUGCCAAGCAAUGAUGAGCCGCCUGAGAAUUCUCCUAAAGACGGACGGCACGUGCACUUUGGGGAGGCGGCAGUGGUGGUGAAAGGUGAGGAUAGUGGAGGCCAGAAUGGAGAACAUGGCGGAGGAGAAGAGUCGUCGGUGAAUUAUCUCCUCCAAGGAAUAUAUGAGAGACCGUACCACUUUUUUUGGUUGGUGAAGCUCAAGACUGGGAUAUGGGUGCUAUCACUAGUUCUGGAGUUCAUCACAUAG